UGGUGGAUAAUUUUGUAAUGUCAACUGAUGUCAACUUCUCACUGACAGCCAAGCACUAGCAGCAAUUUUGGUUUCAAUUUAUUUAUAAAAUUGUGAAAGAAUUAUCGCAAUAUUCCUUAAUUUUAUUAAACUUUGUGUAUCAGUAUGGCUGAUGGAGUACAAGUAUUACGUCGUAAUCGUCCAGGCUCAAAGGCUAAGGACUUCUGCCGCUGGCCAGAUGAGCCUUUCGAAGAGAUGGAUAGCACACUUGCUGUCCAGCAAUUCAUUCAACAAACCAUACGUCGCGACCCCGCUAAUCUUGAAGCCAUCCUAAAAAUGCCCGAAGCUCAGGAUGAAGGUGUUUGGAAAUACGAACACUUAAGGCAGUUUUGUAUGGAACUGAAUGGUUUAGCUGUGCGAUUACAAAGCGAGUGUAAACCUGAAACUUGCACUCAGAUGACUGCAACAGAACAAUGGAUUUUCCUGUGUGCUGCUCACAAAACACCCAAGGAAUGUCCUGCUAUUGAUUACACAAGACAUACUCUCGAUGGUGCUGCUUGCUUAUUGAAUAGCAACAAAUAUUUUCCAAGCAGAGUGAGCAUCAAGGAGUCAUCAGUAGCCAAGCUGGGCUCUGUCUGCCGAAGAGUCUACAGGAUUUUCUCACAUGCAUACUUCCAUCAUCGUUCCAUAUUUGAUGCAUUUGAGAAAGAAACACAUUUAUGCAAGAGAUUUACUUACUUUGUAACUAAGUACUCUAUCAUAUCAAAAGAAAUUUUAAUCCUUCCCAAACUUGAUGAUGAAACACCUAUCACCCAACCUGUGGGAGAGUCGGAAGCUUGAGGUUACAAGAAAUCUUCUAUUAGGAAUAUCUGCCAACAUAUUUGUUUGACAAGUGUG